AUGGAAGAUCAGCACGAUCUCAGUGAUAUAGACAAUAAAUCAAGUUACUCCACAGAUACAGAGAACAAGUCAAGUUCAAUUGAUGAUAAAUCAGACAAUCAAACAAUUAAUUUCAAUGCACAACUUUUCGAAAAAGAAACAACAGGGGAUCAGAGCAUGUUUGGUGCAUUUGUCAUUCUUAUCAAUACUGCAAUUGGUUCCGGUUGUUUGAUGGUUCCAUAUUGUUACAGACUCGGUAUCGUUUCUGCUCUUUUAAUUGCAAUCAUUAUUGGAAUAAUUACAUUCAGUACAUUCACAAUGAUGAUUGAAGCAGCCUUCAUUACAAAGAAAUAUGACUUCAGAGGUCUCUUUACUCAUCUUUUCAAUCCAAAAUUUAUUUGGGUACUUGACUUAUUCAUUUUCCUCGUCCAAAUUGGUUCAGUGAUGAUAUAUUCCAACUGGGACGGCGUAUUAGUUAACAGAACUCUUGGUUUGAAAAUCAAAGUAUUAAAUAGCGACAAAUUCUGGAAUUUUGCAACAACAUUGUUACUCGCUUUCCCAAUGACUAUUCCAAAGUCCAUUGCCAAGCUUGAAAUUGCUUCUUCCGUUGGCUUUUUGUUGAUAUUAAUUUUAAUUUCGCACAGUUUAUACUGGUUGAUCAAAGAUGUCAAAGAAUAUGGAUUUGAUCCUAACAAAGAACUCACAUUGUUCCAUUGGGACAUCUUAAUUUUCAUUCCUGCCCUUGGUAUCAACACAAUGUCAUAUAAUUGCAUCAUAAACUUGUUCCCAACACUCGAACACUUAAGGAAUUGUACUGUUAAGAGAGGAAUUACAUUAAGUGGUAUAAUUAUCACUGCUUGUUUCUUCUUGUAUGCAACAUUUGGUAUCUGUACAUAUCUUGACAAAUUUGAUUUGUUGUCUGCAUCAUCAGCCCUUGAAUUAUAUCCAGCAAAGAAUCCAUUUACUAUUGUUGCAACUGUUUGCGUUAUUUUUAUUCUUUUAGUUUCUUCGCCUUUGAUGAUUUGGGCAGCAAGAAACUCAGUUGAUGCAACAUUGUUUAAAGGAAAAGAGAUGACAAACUUAAGAUGGAUUCUCACUGGUUUCAUUCUUUGUUUGUUAUCUGCUGGCCUUGCAGCAACAUCAAGUAACAUUUUGAUUUUCUUCAACAUUGUUGGAGGAAUUUUGAUUCCUGUUGUUACUUUAUUGUUCCCUGCUUUGUUCUUCAUGAAAGCAACUCCUAAUAGAAAAUGGUACAGAACCGUUCAGGCAUUGAUUUCUAUUCUAUUUACGGUCAUUGCUGCUGUUGCUUGUACUGCUCAGACAGCGUUAGAAAUUAAGAAUUCGAGUAAGUAA